AUGAAGCAAUUCGCCCUCGUCUCGGCCCUGGCUGCCCUGGGCACCGUCUCGGCCUCACCCACGGCCACCGAAAAGGAGCCUCCCAGCAAGCGCGCCAACUUGCCCACCGUCACCGUCUCCGGCAAUGCCUUCUGGGCCGACAAGGAGCGAUUCUACAUCCGUGGCAUCGACUACCAGCCCGGUGGCUCCUCCGCCGACACGGAUCCUCUCGCCGACAAGGCCACUUGCACGCGCGAUAUUGCAAAGUUCAAGGAGCUCGGCGUCAACACGAUCCGCGUCUACGCCGUCGACAACUCGGCCAAGCACGACGACUGCAUGAAGGCGCUCGAGGAUGCCGGCAUUUACCUCGUCCUCGACGUCAACACCCCCAAGUACUCCAUUAACCGCAGCAAGCCCGGUCCUUCGUACAACACCAAUUACCUCCAGAGCAUCUUUGCCACGGUCGAGAUGUUCGCCCAGUACCCCAACACUCUGGCUUUCUUUUCCGGCAACGAGGUCAUCAACGAUCAGAAGGACACCGACCUGUCGGCUCCCUAUGUCAAGGCCGUCACCCGUGACAUGAAGAACUACAUGAACUCGCGCGGCCUCCGCAGGGUCCCUGUCGGCUACUCGGCCGCCGACGUCGCCUCGAACCGUCUCCAGACGGCAAACUACAUGAACUGCGGAACCGACGACAUGCGGUCCGACUUCUUUGCUUUCAACGACUACUCGUGGUGCAACAGCGACUUCAAGACGUCGGGCUGGGACCAGAAGGUCAAGACCUUUUCCACCUACGGUCUGCCCAUCUUCCUGUCCGAGUGGGGUUGCAUCAAGAACCGCCCUCGCAAGUUUGAAGAGAUUGCCGCCAUGAUGAGCAGCGAAAUGACAUCGGUUUAUUCGGGCGGCUUGAUGUACGAGUACUCUGUCGAGGGCAACGAUUUCGGCAUCGUCAAGAUCAGCGGCAACACGGUCGACACCGACGCCGAGAACGGCGAGUUCAAGCUCUUUGCGUCGGCCUUGAAGGACAACCCUGCGCCCACGGGUGCUGGCGGCGCCGCCACGACGACGCAUUCCGUCAGCUGCCCCACCAAGGGAUCGGACUGGAAUGUCGACCCCAGCCUGGUUCCCUCAAUGCCCCAGCAGGCCGAGAAGUUUAUGAAGAACGGCGCUGGUGGCGGCCCUGGCCUGGCCGGCAGUGGCUCCCAGGAUGCGUCUGACAGCGGUACCGCCACGGCGAGCGUCACUGGUGGCAAGGCUUCUCCCACGGGCGGCGGCAGCGGCGGGAAGAGCGAUGACGACAGCGCCGCCAUGUCGGUGCACGCUGGCAUGGACAAAGCCCCUGUUGUUGUCUGCGGCCUGACGCUCUUCUUCACCCUGUUUGGCGCUGCGCUUUUGUGA